CAACACAAAAGGCGUGUGCUUUAGCACCAAAAGGCUAUAAAGUAUCGGAUGCGUGACUGUAUAGCAACACCUUUAUAAUGAGUCCCACUCCAACUCUCGAUAAGGAUAAAGUUGAUGCCAAAGGUUGCUGUCCAUGUCCCAAAACGGAGAUUGGGGCUAAAACUGGUGAUACAAUAAUUCUUCCAUGUUCAAUUAACCUGAGCCCUUGGAAUCCUAACAAAGUCUUGCUGUCUUGGGAGAAGAGGCUUGGCCCUGGCAAUAAUGUUACGGUUCACUCCCGGAAAGGUGUUUGCAUGGAAGUUGACCAAGGUAGAACAUCCCUGCCAUUCUGGAAAGAGGGGAAAGGUGACCUAGAACUUAGAGACGUUGUGCCAUCAGACAGUGGAGCCUACGUCUUCUGGAUCACUCAGAUCUCUGAUGAAGAAAAGAAACCACCCGUGUCCUGUGAUGUGACCCUCAAUGUGGACCCAGCAAAAGAAACUGAGGAUCCAGGAGAAAGAUGUUCUCAAGUUGAUCCCGAGGGUUGCUGUCCACACCCCAAAACUGAGGUCAGGGCUGAAACUGGUGAUACAGUCAUUCUUCCGUGUGCAAUUAACCUGAGCCCUUGGAAUCCUAACAAAGUCUUGCUGUCUUGGGAGAAGAGGCUUGGCCCUGGUAAUGAUGUAACAGUUCACUCUCAGAAAGGUAUUUACAUGGAAGUUGACCAAGAUAGAACAUCCUUGCCAUUCUGGAAAGAGGGGAAAGGUGACCUAGAACUUAGAGACGUUGUGCCAUCAGACAGUGGAAUCUACACCUUCUCGCUCACUCAAAUCUCUGAUGAAGAAGAGAAACAAUCCAUGUGUUGUGAAGUGAACCUCAGUGUGGAUCCAGAAGAAGAAACUGUGGACCCAGGACAAAAAAAAUGUUGUCAAGGUUGUCAUGGAGGACAAAAGUAGGAACUAACACACUAAACAUAAAUCAUGGAUACAGAGCUCAUGCUGAGAACCUGAACAAGAUCUGGAUACCUAAGAAAUCUUCCUGGGCAGCUCUAAAGGAACAUCUAAAUGUAUUUUCCAUAGGCACAAUGUUUUGUUUUUUCCAUUUAUUUUUGUUACUGAUGUUCACAGAAUACUUAAACAGAUAAUUGAAAGCAUAUUUCUACCCAAAAUAUAUUAUUUUUAAAUAGGAGGAAAGGGUUAUAACCUCAGUCAGAUAUUUAU